AUGAGCAAGUCCCGAAGGCUAUGGAGUCUAGAAGAAGACAACAUUCUCAGGACACUUGUCCAGGCGUACGAGAACGACAAAGUCGACUGGCGGGUCAUUGCGUCGUAUCUGCCCGGCCGCAAUAACAAGGAUUGUCGCAAGCGCUGGCAUUACCGUGUGGCAGCGAGUAUGAACCUCGGGGCUUGGUCGCCGGCUGAAGACGAGCUGCUCAAGGCUGGUAUUCGCCGUUACGGGAAACAGUGGUUGGCACCAGGAAUGGAGACCGUACGUUGUCUCUCCCACAGCGAAGUUUGCCAUAUCGAGUUACCUGCUUACUCGAGACACCGACAGAGUGCUUUCAAACGCUGGAAUGACGCCUUGAAUCCGAGUAUCAUCCGCAGCCCAUGGACCCAGGAGGAGGACCGCCGCCUCCUGCUUGCCAUCAGGCAGUACGGAAGAUCCUGGAAGCAGAUUGUCGAUACCUACUUCCCAGGACGAACCGGACUUGAUGCGAAAAACAGCAAGAGGCGCAAUACCCGUGACAAUGACCGUGAUGCACACGUGGAAGGCUCAUCUUCUAGAAUAGACCAAACCAGCUUGGAGAUGCCGGCACCACUUCCGUCUCGUCGACAGAUACAAGAACCACCUUCUACAAGCCAGGAUCGUGUCCUACCACUCAGUACGGGUAGUGUUGAACCGCAACUCGAACCGCCUUACGAUGAGAGAUGUCUAUCAGCUCCUCCUUGCUUCCAUUCGGGGCUUGAUUUAGAAGAGUGGUCAUCAACGAUCUUUGCCUCUACACCCUACACUACUCGCAGCGAUACGCCAAUGACUACCAAUCACGGAAACCUCUUAGACUUUGAUCACUACUAUCCUCAGCAAGACGCCAUGUCUGUCGGUGUUGUUGGAUACGAUCAUCCGGGCGUCAGUCGCAAGCCCGCACAAUAUCCUUUUCUUACGAGUGCGCCAGACGGCGAAAACAUGGCUGCUGUUAAGCAUGUCGAUUCCGACGUAGUAGAAUUCACUGGAAGGAGUCAGAUGAGGCAACAGGUGCCAACGACCUAUCUCGAUCAUGCAGACGAAAAUACUGGGUUUCGCAACAGUGAUGUGGCUGUUGCGAAUGAAGAAUAUUUUGUACAAAUAUAA